UAUAGAUCAGGCUCAAAAGAUCUCUAUCCAGUUCAAAUUCUUCAUGAUCUCGAGAAAAUGCCCUACAUCUUCGCUUUUUUUCUCUCCUCCAUAGUUUUUGCAAAACCCUAAUGAGAUGCACUAACAUUACUACCUCUCUCUGCCAUGGCUGAUCUCGUUUAUUCCACCCCUUGCAUACUAUGCCCUUUAAUCCUUCUCGUUCUCCUUUGCUAUUCAUUCAACAGUUUCUCCACCAAAACUUCUGCUUCUCUAUCGAAUAAUCUCUCAAAUACUUCAGAAAUGAUUUCCCCUAUUCCUAGUGUAGUUAAAGAUGAUCACUUCUACAAUACAACUAAUUGUAGCAACAGCGUGCAAAAGGAGCUGCACAAGAAGAGCCGGAUUGAAACAAUGGAAGAAGGGCUGGCAAGAGCAAGAGCAGCAAUAAGAAAGGCGACUCGAAUGCGUAAUUACACAUCUUAUAAGAAAGAGAGCUUUGUCCCUAGAGGAUCCAUCUACAUAAACCCUUACGCCUUUCAUCAGAGCCACAUUGAGAUGGAGAAGAGAUUUAGAGUAUGGACAUACAGGGAAGGAGAGCAACCACUUUUUCACAGAGGCCCGAUGAAUGAUAUUUACUCCAUCGAGGGGCAAAUCAUUGACGAACUGGACAGUGGCAAGAGCCCAUUUUCAGCUAAAAAUCCUGACGAGGCACUUGCAUUUUUCAUCCCAGUUAGCAUCGCCAGUAUCCUUCAUUUCAUCUAUAGACCUUAUGUCACCUACUCUCGUAAGCAAAUCCAGGACAUUGCUGAGGACUACAUUGGCCUCAUUUCCAGCAAGUAUCCGUACUGGAAUAGAAGCAGUGGAGCUGACCAUUUUAUGAUUUCCUGUCACGAUUGGGCACCAGAUGUUUCGGCUGCCAACCCUGAUCUGUACAGGAACUUCAUUAGAGUUCUAUGCAAUGCCAAUUCCUCCGAAGGGUUCAAACCGGCGAGGGAUGUCUCCUUGCCUGAAUUUAAGCUCCCGCGUGGAAAGUUAGAACCAGAACACAUCCUCCAGCCUUGUGAUAACAAUCGUUCGAUCCUUGCCUUCUUUGCCGGGGGUAGCCAUGGGAGUGUAAGAAAGAUAUUAUUCAAACAUUGGAAAGAAAAGGACAAUGACAUUCAAGUUUACAAAUACCUCCCUGAAACCCUAAAUUACACCGAGCAAAUGAGUAAGAGCAGGUAUUGCCUGUGCCCUAGUGGAUGGGAAGUUGCAAGCCCUAGGGUAGUCGAGGCAAUCUAUUCAGGCUGUGUUCCAGUGAUCAUUUCAGACUAUUAUGUUCUACCUUUUAGUGAUGUUCUUGACUGGAUCAAGUUUUCUGUUCAUAUCCCGGUUUCAGGGAUCCCAGAAAUCAAGACAAUUUUACAAAGCAUUCCUGUGGAGGAGUAUUUGGAGAAGCAAAAGAGGGUUCUUCAAGUGCAGCAACAUUUCAAGCUCCAUCGACCAGCUAAGCCCUUCGAUGUGGUGCAUAUGGUGAUGCAUUCUGUGUGGCUCCGGAGGCUUAAUAUCAGGCUGCCAAGAUAAGAAAUUUCAUGAUUUAGAUUAUAGCUUCAUACACACACAAAUAUAUAUAUAAUGCUAUUGUAUAAUGUAGAAACUACAAUGCCAUGGCUCGUACUCUUGUAUACCUAGCCAAAUUAAUUACUAUAUAUGCAUAAUUAACGCCCUUAUUUAUUAAUUCUCUAAUUAUUCAGUAA